AUGUGUGCCUAUACAAAUGGGCUGCGUGCUUCACUUAAAUUGAUAGCAAGUCAACGACGAGUACUGUCAGUUGCGGGGUAUAGCUCUGACCCAAAAUUAGUAAAUUUUGGAGAUGAUGAUAAAACGGACAGUGGUCAAGUCUUGCCAUCGGACAAUCCAUCACAAGAUAAUGCUGUGAUUUUAGCCGAUCAUACUUUACUGGUCUGGCAUGUCGAUGUAUUUGUCUGGUUCGAUGAUCCUCGUAAUCGUCUAUUUGCCUCAUUUCGUACAAACGUUUGUAUGUUGGAAAUCAAACCGGAAAUUAAAGGUCGAAUUAUGACACAUGAUAAACCAAUAAUUGCAGCACGCUAUUCUACAAAACAAAAACAAGUAAUGAUUGUUUGUCAAGCGGGUGACGUGAGUUUUUGGUCAAUAGAACAAGGACAAAAAACCAAACGAUUUAGUGAACGACAAGGUGAAGCGGAUGUAACCUGUAUUGGAUUUGAUGAGUUUGGAGAAAAGUUCUAUACUGGAAGUAGUGAUGGAAAAAUAAGGGUUUGGAAUUAUAAUGGCCGUUUAAUACAAACACUUGACGCAGUAUUUCGAGAUGUCGAUCAAAUUGAACAUAAUCGCGGUCAGACAUCAACUUGGUUAGGAAAAGAGGUGCAUGAAGAUGAUAUUGUUUGUAUGGCUCUCACUAAUUUUACACCACAGCUUCUGGCUACUGGAAGCGCUGAUGGUGAUAUUUGCUUAUGGAAUACAUCAUCAGAAUUGUUCAUUCGACGAUUAGAUCAGAGAAAACGAAAUCCGAAUAAUACACAAGCCAAGCUUCAAGAUAAUGCAGCUGACUUUGCUAUAACUACGCUUAAAUUUCUUGAUAAACGUAUUCAACAAUCGACAAAUGAUGGCUCAAAUCUUGUAUCUUGUGGUGGUGUAGGAUAUACGCGUUUUUGGAAUGCUUAUACAGGAUUAUUAGUUGCUGAAUUUCAAGCUCAUUCUGAUGUAAGUAGCAUAGUAAUGGAAAUUGAUUUGAAAAAUAAGUACUUAGCCACUGGAGAUGUAAAUGGCUUGGUGAAAGUGUGGGAGAUCGAACAAUAUUGUCGACAUACGUCUGAUAACUUAGUGAAAACAUUACCGCCUCUACUGUCUGAAUUUACUCGUCAUAUUGACUCUAUAACAUGCUUGGAUUUUGUUGAAAAAGAUGAGCGAACUUAUCUAAUAACAUCUUCAAGUGAUUGUAGCGUCGCUUUAUCCGAUGUUAAUGGUAAUAUCUAUGGUAUAUUUGGACAAGCGAAUAAUUGGCGGUUAGAUUUACAAAAUUCUAAUGACAAAGAUGAUAGACGUCAAGAAGAGAAUGAUGAUGCGGAAAGUGAACAAAAGAUAACUGAUAGUAGUGAUAUAACAUCAUUUCGAUCAACAGUAGACUAUGAUUUAGAUACAAUAUCAAAUAUGACGGAUGAUGAAAUGUUAACAAGACGAUCAAAUGUUUGGGAUAAAACAACGAUAGGUGUAAGUUAUCAAGAGCGACGAACGCAUGGACGUCGUCAACGAAAUCAACCAGGUUUAAUACAAACAAAACAAUUUGCUCUAUGGGAAAAAACUGGUUUAGCACCGGGCGGUGCUUAUGGAUCAUUAGAAACAUUUGAUCUGCCAGUCAUUCUUGAUCCAAAAAAAACAUCAGUUACUGAUAAUUCUUAUUUUUUACAACGUGGAAGUGUUGAACCACUUAGCAGUGGCACUCGACGACGGCCACCAUCAGUCAUCGGAGAAAAUUUGAAAUCAGCAUUUGAUGAACGUUCUAUAUUUCCAAAAUAUAUACUCGAUUAUGAAGCGAAACAACGACAAUUGAAUGAAUUAACAAAUACUCAGCAACAAACUACAAAUGAAAAAACAGUUCUUCGACCGAUAGAUUCAAUACGUGCAACAACCAUAAAACGUUUAAAUUCAUCGUCAACAUAUAGUGAACAAAAUUAA